CUACAUGGACCCCACACGCACGUACAGAUUCUCUCGUGUCGCCCGCGGGAUCUCCUCGUCACGCCCGAUGACGGGGUCCAGCUUGCCCUCGCUCGCCAGCUCAUUCAAAUCCCUGCACCAACAGAGCUCAUUCAUGCAAGAGCAACAACUGCGUGCCUUGAUUCGUACCUGCCGUACUUCUCCAGUGCCUGGUAUGAUCCCUCGGCCGUCUUGGUCGUCACGCGACGAGAGCCGCGCAGAUAUCUGACCGCCUGAAGGAGUGCCUCAGGCGUGAUGCCUUGGUGCUGCAGAGCCUCUUUUGAAGCGAGUGUCGGCCUCGGCUAGGGCCAGCAGCAGGUGCUCAACAGAUCCGACUCGUCUGUGAAGCGGCCCUUGAUCGACUUGGCCGUAUUCAAGACCUGCCUACACUCACACACUUCCACAUCCUCCUUUAGUGGCAGACCUCCCUCAACAACUCACGUUGAUGAGAGACCUUCCAGCCGGCCUGUCCAACGCGCCCCGUGCUCGAGGUACUCCUUCAGCUGAUGGCAGGAAGACAAAUGUGCAUCAACGCUUUCCUUGCCCACCCGUGCGCCACCUCACCCUUGAAGAGAAUGCGAUGCGCAAGCCCAU